AUGUCACAUACAAUGAAACCCAUAACACAACACAACCCUCACACGGCGACUCCACCUCCCUCUACACCAUUGCUACACAUCACCGUCACAUCACUACAAGGCAUCAACCACUACACCUCUUUUCUGAACCCCACCAUCAAACCCUUCAUCACUCUCUCCUCCACCCACCUCCUCUCCACGUCACCGCUACUCCACCAUAACUUCACCCUGCGCAUCGCACUCGAUCCUUCCUUCUUCUCCGACACGCGUGCCUCCCUCCACCUUCAGCUCUUCACCAAGCGACGAAUUCUGGGCCUGGCCCAUCUCGGGUCAUGCCUAAUCCCAGCCCACGACAUUGGGCUCCUCCCCCACGGUUCCGUGCGCUAUCUCAGCUACCGCCUACGAGGUAAAGACGGUGCCAAGGGACACGUCGUCAUUAACCUCUCCGUCAGAUUGGAGAAUGCUCCAUGGAUCUCAACCGACACGUGUCACACUGUUAUCGGGAUACCAGUGACAGCCAUUCGGGGAACUUGCACCGAUUAUUGCACUACCAUUAUGUCCGACAGGAGAAAGGUGAGAUAA